AAAUAUCCACUUGAGUGAGCCGCAAUCACUCCUCGCUGACAAUCUUCAGCCUCCACGUCUCAUCAUGUCUCUCAUCCUCGGCCGCCACGGCAGCAGCGCCCGCAGCAUGUCCUCCGCCAGCGCUAUGAGCAUGAGCGGAGGCCUGCAGCUGAUCGGGGGCAGCCAGUCUCGUGUGGCCAACGUCUACCAGAGCGGCCGCGCGCCCAGCGUGUACGCCGGCGCCGGGGGAAGUGGAACCCGCAUCUCCCAGGCCAGCAACUUCAGCAGCUAUGGCGGGGGCCAAUACGGUGACUUCAUGGCGGUCAGCGAGAAGUCCACCAUGCAGAACCUCAACGACCGCUUGGCCACCUACCUGGAAAAAGUGCGCUCUUUGGAGGCUGCCAACAGGAAGUUGGAGAUGCAGAUCAGAGAGUUCUACGAUAGGAUGUCUCCCACCACCAGAGACUGGUCCGCCUACUUCGCCACCAUCGCCGACCUGCGAGCUCAGAUCGCGCGGAGAUACGCGGAGAACCAGAGCAUCAUCCUGCAGAUCGACAACGCUCAGCUGGCUGCGGACGACUUCAAGAUGAAAUAUGAGAUGGAGAUGAACACGCGUGGAAUGGUGGAGUCUGACUUGAUUCGUCUCCGAGGGGUCCGGGACAACAUCGUGUCCGGCAUCAGUGACCUCAACAUGCUGAUCGAGAGCCUGCAGGACCAACUGAACCAGCUGAAGAUCAACCACGAGGAGGAGAUGAAGGCGAUGAGGUUGCAAUACACGGGCAACGUGAACGUGGAAGUGGACAGCGCGUCUUCUGUGGAUCUCUCCAAGAUCCUGCAAGACGUGAGGGAGCAGUACGAGUCCCUGGCGCUGAGGAACAAGCAGGAACUGGAGAGAUGGUAUCAAGCUAAGAUGGAAUCCCUCCAGUCAGAAAUCAAAAGUUUCACCACAGAAGUAAAGAACUUCUCCUCCCAACUGUCCGAGCUGAAGCGCACCUACCAGAGUUUGGAGAUCACAUACCAAGGCCUGCUUUCCGAGAUCGAAUGCCUGCGUCAGAACCUGGCCGACACCAAUUCGCGCUACAGCUCUCAGCUCAACCAGCUGCAGAUGAUCAUCAACGGGCUUGAGGUGGAGCUGCAGCAGCUGAAGGUGUCCAUCGAGCAGCAGAAGACGGAAUACACGCUGCUGCUGGACCUCAAGAUGCGGCUGGAGAGGGAGAUCGCCGAGUACCGCCGGCUGCUGGACGGCGAAGCCUACGAGCAGAAAAAGCCUCUGGUCAUCAGCAAGGUGGUGCACGUGGAAGAGCACAAGCCUGUGGUGGAGAGGAGGGUGAAGACGAUCGUGGAGGAGAUCAUAGACGGGAAGGUGGUGGCCACCAGUGUGGACACUCAAGUGCGCUAAGGCCGCGUUAAAAUGUUCCCAACCAACAAUCGGCUUCCCUUUAACAGGGUGUCCCCUCUGAAAAGAGUUCACCGUCAGUUCACUACAAUUACGACACAGCUGUUACAACAAUGAUACAUUAUUGGUUGCUAUAAGUAACACUGCAUGAACACACCGUAAAAUGUGUGUUUUUGUUUGAAAAGUACCAUUUGGACCCAAAAUUAAGAAAAACAACAAUAAAUGUCUUGCUGCAGGUUGAAA